AUGCGAGUACUUAUCGCAGUCUUGCUGAUCGUGACAUCGGCUACAGGUUACGAUGCUGUAGUUUUCUCAAGUAUAAUGGAAAUUACGAAUGACUAUCCAAGCAUGGAAAACCUAUUGUCUACCGCUACACCUGGAUUACCUCUAGUUUUUAUUGCCAAUCCCGACUUUACUUUGGGUCAGUUUUCUCGAGAAACACGAGCAUACGCAACAGAUGGAGCCUUGACUGGACUACCAGCUAUUGCUAAGUUGAACAAAUAUCAUGUUAGCCGAUACCUUGAGGACAAAGUUUCCGUUCUCAACGCAACAAAAGUCACUUCCGCUGACGAAUUCAGAAAAGGCAAUGCUAUUUAUCUCAUCACGGGCGAUGAGUGGACCAACAUGCAGUUAUUAGCUGUGGAGGUUCUGUCCGAAUUAAAAGGCAAUUACAUUGCUGUCAUUACUGCCACAGAAGCUGUUGCUACUGAAGAGGAACGAACGAAGCGAGCCGCUCUUUAUAAUACGAAAGAUAUGACUGGAUCGUUAUCCGCAGGAAACGAACUUGAGUUCGACAUGCCUUUGAACUUACCUCCGUACAACAGAACGGACUUGUCAAAUCCUGAAAAAUCCAGAUUUGGUUCGUGCAUGCUCUACUCUGAGGGAGUAAAUAUUGUAGUGUGGAAAAAUGUAUCAGGGACCACCAAUAAAUUUGCCUCAAUACCCGUGCGAUGGUUCCCAAAUACCACAUCUUGGAGUUACGUCGAUGGAGAUGUCAAAUGUGACAACUUCUUUAAUGGAACUGACGAGUUUACCGUACGACUGAAACUCAAGACGGAUAUCAUAGAUAGAAAAAAGCUCGUUAAAAUCAACAAAGGAAGCUCAAUAGUUGUCAAGUUAAUCUUCACUGGAAAUUUGAGGGGCUGGUGGAAUUUAACUAAUGUCGAAUUGAGUGGAGUUACUGUCGAAGACAAUGGUGCACACUUUAUCUCCGGGCCCGCAACGGUCGAAGGUGAAGUGAUAUCCAACCAAUCAGUAUACAAUGUUGGUUUCCAUAGCGUGAUAUAUCAUUCUAUGGGCUGCAGUAAUACACAAGCAGCCUUUUUCAAAACUAAUCUACCAAAUGUGCUUAUCGGCAUAUCUCUACACAACACAGAGGUUCAAACAUUUGGUGUUUUUCCCGAUAAAAAGAGCCGAAUGCGCUUCACAGCUCAGGUCGAGGACUGUGUUGGAACGUUUUCAGUGGGAUCUUGGAUGAUUAUUAUUACUUUUCUCGUCGUAUUUGGCGGUGUGCUGUUCGGCUACCUAAUGUUGAAUUCGAUCCAAACUACAGAUCGGUUCGAUGAUCCCAAACAUGGUCAGAUUGUGAUCAAUGUCAAGGAGUAAAAACACAGAUAAUGCGAACAAAAUUGGAUAGGUACACUUAAUACGAAAUAAAUCUCGAAUGUACCUG